CCUGGCAGAGACGGCGGUCGAGAAGCGAAAUGUACGCGUGGCAGUGACACGUAGACGCCUUCAAGUUCCCGCGCGUCAGUUGAAGUCAUCUCACUAUAGCUGUUUACUUCUUUCUGGGCAACUAUGGCGAAAGGGCUUGAUGAGGAAUAUUGGAGGAAGCGAUGGAUGGCUAGCGAUAUCCCAUUUCACCAAACAGAGGUCCAUCCAACUCUCUUGAGAUAUUUUGCUGACUUGACGGCAGGGCAAGAAAAAUGCAGGUUUUUUGUCCCUCUGUGUGGAAAAUCGAAGGACUUGAAAUGGCUCGCAGAUGAAGGCCACAUGGUGGUGGGUGUCGAGCUCUCAACCUUGGCCAUUGAAGCUUUCUUCAAGGAGAACCAAGUAGACUUCACCACCAGUCAUGUGGAAGGCUUAAGUGAUGCUGAAUUGUACAAGAGUGAAGAUGACAGCAUUCAGAUUUACAAAGCCAAUUUCUUUGAUUUAAAUAGAGAUAUCUUGGGAGAAUUCGACUGUGCAUGGGACCGCGGAGCAUUUGUUUCGUUGCCUCGUGAGGAUCAGGAAAGAUAUGCAGAUCCGCUGGGUUCAGUACUGAAACCGAAAGGCAGGUAUCUUUUGGAAGCUGUUGAAUACGACCAAAGUAAAAUGAACGGUCCUCCCUUCUCAACACCGUUAGAACUGAUACAGCAGCUAUUUGCUGUGGGCUGGAGCAUCGAACCCUUGGAGGUCAAAGACGGAACCGAUGAUAGAUGGAGAAGCAAGGGACUAGACGUCAUGAUACUGAGAACGAGUCUUCUUACCAAGAAAUAGCGAACAGAGCCUAUGGCGAAGCAUUACUACCAAGGCAUCAGUCUUUGAUGUUUUGAAAUGCCGCUGGAAUGGAUUUGUGGAAGAAAAGUUUCCCCCAUCCCCCUUCGAAAAACCUUGCUUUUGGCGAAAUCAAAAUUUGCUGAUUUUUAAUGGAAUACUCAAUGGAGCAUCUAUAGCCUAGGCUGCUGCUGCUUGUAUCUAGGCCUUCAAUUUGCUAUGUACACAUGUUAUUAGUAUACCACUGCACAUCUGUAAUUCGACACGUUUAUGCAAACUUUAAAUUUGUAAGAAUGACAGCAUUGAAUAAAUGCCUCUCCUCGUCCUCAUCACGAUCACUAUAAAAAAUUCUGUCCAGCGGAAGCAGAAGCCCAGUAUCGCCUGUGUGAAUGAUAUAGGUUUGAAGAACUGUUGAAAUACUUGUCAUUAUAGGCAAAAUUGUUCAACCUGUCAUGCAUUUUGGAAUAUAAAGGGAAAGAUGAAGUUAAACUCUUCUGAAUUUGAGACUGGUACGCUGGUGGCAGCAGACAUGCCACUUUUUGGACACAAUAUUGCGCCCCAAUAAAUACGCAAAGGCAAAGAACUUAUAGAAAGGAACGGUAUGUUUGCUGCAACCAAGCGCCGCAAAGCCUCCCAUUAUAAGCUUUGUAGCCUCUUCACAGGGGUGCGUUUUGCAGCGGCCGUAACCACGAAUCGGUUCGAUGGUAAUUUGUGAGAAAUGUUUUUUAGUUCUUCCAGAAACAGGUUUUUGGGGUAAAGUGGAAAUAAA